CCCGAAUAAAAACCCUAAACCCCAAAACAACCUGACCCUCAACAAAACCCAAAACCCUAAUCAAUGACGCUUCUCCAAUCCAUUGCCAAAUCCGCCGCCGCGGNUGCCGCUGGCAAGCUCUCGCCGCCCCACUCCAACUUCCCAAUAAUCUCCAGCUCCGACCAAAUCAUUCCCAAUUUACAAACCCCCCCUCAAUCCGAAACCCUAACCCUAACCAAACCCUCAUCCGAAUGGAGAACCCCCGCCCUCGACUCCGAUCUCAACGAGCUCAUCAACGGCCUCUGCCUCGAUCUCAAGACCAAACUAAAAAACCCUAGAAAUUUCACCAAAGGUGCGUUCAUUUCUCUCAUCAACUCAUUCUUCAACAAUUGUUCUUCUAAGCUCCAGGUCCCAAUCGACUCGGGCUCCAAUUUCACUCUCGCCGCGUUUGACAAAUUAGGGGUUUUGAUUAGUAGAGAGGUUGCGGGCUUAAUUGCGGAAUGUUGUGUUCUUUUUGAGAUUUGGGAUGUUUUGGAGAUUGUAGUUGAAAGGAAACUUCUGGGUAAUUUGAAUUCUUUCAAGCUGGUAGAGAAAUUGGCUGAAAAGAAUCGAACUGAGUUGAUUUGUUUGUGUGUGAGGAAAAUCUCAAACCUUCAGGCUUCGGAGAUUCAUACAGUUCUUAAGUUCUUUUUAUCACCGAGCAAGGAUUCUUAUGAUGGGAUGAUUAGGGUUAGAAAAGAAUGGGAAAAGGAAGCAAUUUUUGCAAUUGAGAAGGUAAAAGAGAAGGGUUUGUCUAAAGAAGCUUUGAACUUAGCAAGACAGGCUUCGGUUAUCCUAAUGAUGGCUCAUGAUGGGUUCUAUUCUUCAGAAGUUUGCUUGCAUUAUGUUUUUAGUUUGGGAAGAGUCGAUGGGCUAGUGUUGUCUUCGGCGAUUUCGAGGCUUGAUGGGUUUGAGGUUUUGGGUCUCGUGAGAUAUUUCAUGAAGUGGUUGGAGAAGUACGAGAGAUUUCCUCAGGCUACAGGUUGCCCUUUAGCUGCAACAGUUUUGGGAUUGAGCAGUUGUGAGAGUAUACCGACACUUGAGGAGGUUGUGAAGGGGUUGAAGUUGGUCUUGGACGAGCAUUUCUCGUAUAUGGUCUUGAAUUCUGAGUUUCGUGAUGAGUUGAGCAAGAUUCAGAGUGUUGUGGGAUCGUUGGUUUCAGAAGCAGAUUUGUGGUUUCCUGUGGAUGCUAUAUUGUUGGCCAUUGAAAAGAAGUAGAAGAAGAGGAGGUUUUCGAGCUUGAGGUUGUUUGAUAUGUUGCAAUUUAUUUGAUGAUUGCAGUUUUGAGGUAACAGGGAACUUUUACUUUGUUCUUUAAAUGCAAAUGAAUAGUGUGUUUUUGAUGGAAAGUUUCAUUUUUAUUUAUGUGUUGAGGUAGGAUAUUUUACUUUUUAAUGUGCCUUUUUUGUAUCGCAUAAAUGGAUAGAAUGGCUAGUGUCUCGUAUAUGUUUCAAUUAGAAUAUUUUGUUGUCUUA